CUUUGAUUAUUAGUCCUUGGAAAUGUCCUCUCAAAGAAUUAGCAAGAAGCAUCAGUGUGUGGCCGAUGGAGUGUUCUACGCCGAGCUCGACGAGCUCCUGAACCGCGAGCUUUCUGAAGUUGGUUACUCCGGAGUGAGCAUCCGCAAGUCUACCAUGAAGACUGAGAUCAUUAUUCGUGCUCCCAGACCUCAGGAGAUUAUUGGUGAGAACUCUCGCCGCAUCAACGAGCUGACUGCUCUGGUCCAGAAGAGAUUCGGCUUCAACGAGAACAACGUUGUUCUGUACGCCGAGCGUGUGGCUGAGCGCAGCCUGUGCGCCCAGACUCAGGCGGAGGCCCUGAAGUACAGAUUGCUCGCCGGUCUGCCUGUGCGCCGUGCCGCUUACGCUGUGAUCCGCAGCGCUCUGGAGGCCGGAGCGAAGGGCUGCGAGGUCAUCGUGUCGGGAAAGCUGCGCCAGCAGCGUGCGAACGCGAUGAAGUUCAAGGAGGGCUACAUGAUCAAGACCGGUAACGCCUGCAAGGAGUUCGUGGACGAGGCGACUCGCCACGUGCUGGUGAAGCAGGGAAUGCUGGGCGUGAAGGUGCGCAUCAUGAAGCCGACGGAUCCGGAGGGUCGUCUGGGCCCGAAGAAGGCUCUGCCCGAUAUCAUCGUGGUGCACGAGCCCAAGGAGCAGCCGCUGCCCGCCUGGAAGCCCAACCAGCCCAAGGAGGCCGCGCCCGCGGAGGAGGCGAAGGAGCUGUAAAGGGACGACGAUGGGAGAAGCGACGGGCUGAGGCCUGAUCGGUUUCAAGGUCGAUAAUCAUCAU